ACGUCAACGGGCUCGCCGAAUCGAUGGAGCUACGCGGUUAACAAUUUCGGAUUCGGUCUGGUAUCAUCCUCAUCAAGGGGCGCGUCACGGAUAGCCCCUCCAACCUAGGCCACUGGCAUUUCACAAAGACGGAAACAGCUGGGCCACUGUUUACAUGUUCAGUGAUGCUGCGCGCGUGAUUCCUUUCCCGACAAGUGUUGUCAUCUACCAGCUAUAUUCCUCCUCGUGCCUGUGGUCCUUCUGAAUGGUUCGUCCGUCAAGUCCCACGUAGAUUAUUCUACAAAUCGACCCAAACAAGAGGGGGGGGAAAGAACUACGUUGCCGGGAAAUUUCUUUUAAAGAAAGUCAAGACGCCCCGACGCACCAAGAAGGUGUCAGACCGCCAUGCCACAUGAGAACUCUCCGCUCCUCACCUGUGGCCUGUCCGGCCUGCUGUCCAGCCUGACCACCCAGAGCCAGCGCGACGGCCAGGAGGAGCCCUUAGAUGUCGGAGGCGGCGGUGGCAUCGCCGUGGGCAACAGCGUCAACAUCGACGGUAGCCAUGGCGACGAGUUCCACCUGGCCACCUCCCCCUCUCCGUCGGCGUCCUCUGCGUCGGCGCGGAGCCUCAACACCUUCUUCGGGGUCAUCGUGCCUACCGUGCUGUCCAUGUUCAGCAUCGUACUCUUCCUACGCACCGGGUUCGUGAUUGGCCACGCUGGGCUGUUCCAUUCCCUCAUCAUGCUGGGCGUGGCCUAUGUGAUCAUCGCCAUGUCCAUCUUGUCCGUCUGUGCCAUCUCCACCAAUGGGGCGAUACAAGCGGGCGGGGCUUACUUCAUGAUCAGUCGGUCUUUGGGUCCGGAGUUUGGGGGCAGCAUCGGCCUGAUGUUCUACCUAGCUAACGUGUGUGGCUGUGGAGUCUAUGUACUAGGACUGGUGGAGGCCAUACUGGACUCAUAUGGACAAGAAGCAGGUUCCUCCGCUGCCGUGCUGCCUUGUGGCUACUGGUAUGGUGUGCUGUACUCCUCCGUGGUGUUGCUGGUCUGCAUGCUGGUCUGCCUGGUGGGCUCGCACCUCUACACGCGCGCCUCCUUCCUCAUCCUGCUGGUCGUCACGGUGACGCUGCUGUCAAUCAUCGUCAGCAUGCUGGUGCUGGGACCAAUCCCCAUCAGCCUGAGCCACCCGGGCGCCGCCCCCAACACCACGCUGCAAUACAACACCAGCUACACCGGCUUCAACCUCACCACGCUCAAGAGGAACCUGGCACCUGGUUACACUAUGGACUACAGUACUGGUAGUGUGAUGACGUUUGCGAGUGUGUUUGCCGUGAUGUUUAAUGGAUGCACCGGAAUCAUGGCCGGCGCCAACAUGUCAGGGGAGUUGAAGAACCCUAGUCAGUCCAUCCCUAAGGGGACCAUCAUAGCGGUGGCCUACACCUUUGUGGUCUACCUCCUCCUCUUCCUCCUGGUCAGCGCCACAUGUGACAGGGUUCUGCUGAUCGAGGACUAUGGCUUCCUGAGGCGCGUCAACAUCUGGCCUCCCUUUGUCACUCUGGGCAUCUAUUGCUCCGCCCUGUCGGCCGCUAUGAGCACUCUGAUUGGUGCGUCACGCAUUCUGCACGCCCUCGCACUGGACCAGCUGUUUGGUCGGCUCCUGGCCCCGGCCUCCAUCACCACUCAGGCAGGUAACCCCUGGGUGGCCGUCCUCUACACCUGGGCCCUCGUGCAGUGUGUAGUGUUUGCGGGCCAGCUAAACUCCAUAACCAGCCUGGUGACGGUCUUCUACCUCCUGGCCUACGCUGCUGUCGACCUGGCAUGCCUCGCCCUGGAGUGGGCCUCCGCACCCAACUUCAGGCCGACGUUCCAGUUGUUCUCCUGGCACUCCUGCUUGCUGGGCAUUGUGGGUAGUGUAGUCAUGAUGUUCGUCAUCGAGCCCCUCUUCUCCUCCGCUAGCAUAGCGCUGCUCCUGCUGCUGCUGCUCUUCAUACACUACAGAUCAGCCACCAGCAGCUGGGGCUACAUCAGCCAAGCACUCAUAUUCCACCAGGUGCGUAAGUAUCUGCUGAUGCUGGAUGUGCGUAAGGAGCAUGUGAAGUUCUGGCGUCCUCAGGUGUUGCUCAUGGUGUCCAACCCGCGCUCCUCCUGUCAGCUCAUCUCAUUCGUCAACCAGCUGAAGAAGGGCGGGCUCUUUGUCCUGGGUCACGUGCACCUGGGGGAUCUGGACACUAUGACGACAGACCCGGUGCAGGCCCAGUACCAGCACUGGUUGAGUCUGGUGGACCUGCUAGAGGUGAAGGCCUUUGUGGACCUGACGCUCUCCUCCUCCGUACGCCAGGGCACGCAACACCUGCUGCGCAUCACGGGCCUGGGAGGCAUGAAGCCCAACACGCUCAUCCUGGGUUUCUACGACAACUGCGUCCCGGACGACUACUUCCUGCAGAACCCCGUCUUCUGCGGGGCUCGCGGGGGCGGGGGAGGGGACUUGAACGUGGACCUCCCCUCCCUGCAGGCCCACUUCCCGCCCGUGCGCAACCAGGAGUCGCCGUGGCGCCUGAGCCCCGAGGAGUACGUGGGCAUGGUGCGCGACGCCAUCAAGAUGGGAAAGAACGUCUGCCUGGCGCGCUACUUCCACCAACUGCAGCCCAUCCCCUUGGGUGGCAACGGUUGCCUAGCGCCGCAGCUGAUCGACGUGUGGCCGCUGAACCUCUUACGUCCAGAGAGCGGCGGCUUCGUGGACGUCUGCAGCCUGUUCCUGCUGCAGCUGGCCUGCGUCCUCAACAUGGCCACCGCCUGGAAACACGCCCACAUGCGCAUCUUCCUGUGCGUGGAGCCCGACUGCCAGCAGGGAGGAGGGGGCGGAGGCGGGUUCGGGCAAGGGGGCGUAUCCGGCUCCGUCUCGGGCUGGCUGCAGAAGGAGGCGGAGUUGCGCGAGCUGCUGCAGAAGCUGCGUAUCCGGGCGUCCAUCCAGGUGGUGACGUGGGAGAUGGGGACUAUGGAUACGCUGACGGAGGAGGAGGGAGAGGCGGACGGAGCUGGGGCCGGGGCGGGAAUGGGGGGCUGGGCGCGGACGGCCCCUUGCCUGUCGCAGGACUUCCUGCUCUCGGUCAACGACAUGCUGCGCGAGAACAGCGCCCAGGCCGACGUGCGCUUCCUCUACUUGCCCCGCCCGCCGGCGCCCGCCGACCAAUCACAGGCCUACCUGGCCCAGCUGGAGGCUAUGACUCACGAGCUGGGGCCCACGCUAUUGGUCCAUGGCCUCACGCCAGUUACCUGCACUGAGCUCUGA